CGAAAUGUCCGCUCAGCAAAUGACAGUUGUAUCAUAAAAAUGGUGAACGCUUUUAUUAUUCACACCUUGUUACCGGGGCCAUGUCGUGUGUUGUAUCAACAAGUCUAUCAUGUUGCAGAAAUAGACACAACAGCCACAAAGUCGUCAGACAGUGACUUUAGGAUUCUGCGUAAACAGAAGAUACAGGAAGUGGCAUCUGAGGUUCAUUCGGAAUACCAAUUCCGGCGUGCGGUUAGUAACAGAACUGUCGAACAAGACCUGCAGCGUUUGAAUAAUGAGGACACAUUACCGGAAAUGGAGCACGGAUUCCUUCGCUUACCAGCAAUGGACAGUAUGAUUGCUGUGUGGCAAGGCACAGGAAACACGUGCUGUACGCUAGUUUGUAGUGAGACCGAGAACCGUAUGUUAGCAGAAAACGUUCUGAAACUUUUGUUAAGAUUUUUACAGGAACAUUUACGACUUCUACACCAACCAGUCGAAGUAGUUAACAAACCUGACAAAGUCGCCAUUGUAUUAAACAGAUUUCUACCGAAUGGUCAGCUAUUGUUCAUGAAUCACAGAAUGGUGAGGCAAUUAGAGAAAGAAAUGGACACUUUAAUGAAAUUGUGACGUGAUCAAAUCAGUAAUGUGUAUGCAUGACGACAUGAAAUGAAUAAAACUGCACCAAAUAUGUCUAAUUACAA